AUGCUUCGUGCUCUUGGGCUCAGGAAAGCUGAAAGCAGCGCCAAUUUAGCUGGGGCCGCUGCCAAGCAGGCUGAUGAAAACGUCAAUGUCAUUCUUGAGGAAUUUCAUGAUUUCGAGUUAACUCUCCAAGCUAUGGACUAUGUUCUUGAUGAUCAGUCUGCAAAAGGUGUUCAAAUCAUUAAUAAUGCAAUUAAGGAAAAAGGCCGCCUCCCAAUCUUUGUUCUUGGGUUGGGUGUGAUCGAAUUCAUUGAAGCCACGUUAGGGUUUGAAGUAGAAACCAUGAACCGUGCCAAAACCACCCUCACUGAAGCUGAAGCAUUGUCAACUAAAAUGAAAAAUCAUCACGAAAGAUCAGAAAUUAGAACUAGUUCCAUAUACCCCCCAGGAACUGAGUACGCAGUGACAUCCGCUGAGUCAAAUCUCCUUGUGGCAUUAAUUAUGUUGUUAAGUGAGAACGUCAUCGAGUCUGCCAAAGCGCUAUACAGAUUGCGAAAGGCAUACCACACAUUAGAUGAUAUCAACAAAUCUAUACAGCAGCACAACAGAAAGAGAGCAUUAUUAAGCAAACAAAAUGCCUCAGUGCCAAAUUUAUCGGGAUCCAUGAAUGCUUCAAAAUCCACCUUGACUUCCUUUUCCGACCUUAGCUUGAGCAAUAAUGAGUUGACUCUCAAAGAAGAAACUCACAAAGAAGAUUGUUUUGCACAUGUUCCAGUGAAAUUAUCAAGUAAACAAAGAAGCGAUAUCAAGAUUUUGAAGAUGGCAGAGAAAAUCUAUCAACUAAAAAAAUCACGCUUCGUUGGCUCAAAUAUUGGGAACUCCCCAGCCAGUGAUAGACACAGAACGGAAAUUGGUUAUUCUUCAAAUUCGCUUUCUGACAAUGAGUCUAAUACCUCAGAUUUUGUGGAUGCUGAGGAGGAUGUCCCAAUCAAUACAGAAACUACAACAGAUGCAAUCGAUUUACAAGCAGAGCUUUUGGGUAAGCUUGAUAGUUUCACUAUUGAUGAGUUCAUCCACUCUGGUGUCAAUUUGUGUUUUGGUAUCCUUCAAGUGGUUCUUCUGUUAAUUCCACCAGCUAUUGGCCGUGUUUUAUCUAUCGUUGGGUUUAAAGGAUCUCGCGAAAAUGGUCUUCAAAUGCUUUGGGAUGCCACUCGUGAACGUAACAUUCAUGGAGGAAUUGCUACCUUGGGAUUACUAGUAUUCUACGAUGGUCCGUUCCAGUUUACUGAUAACGAUUUUGAUAUCCCAACUAUUGAGGGUGAUUAUGGUGGCAAUGACAGUAUUCAACAUGUUCAAUCACGCGCCCUCGACCAAACUGGAAAAGCCACUUUACUUCAUCCUGGACAUAAAUUAGAGGUUGCCUUGUUACGUGGGCGCGCUUAUUUCCCAAAUUCUUCUCUUUGGUUGCUACAAGAAGGCCGUAUGCUUGCUGGCCAAGGUAAGCUACACGAAGCAGUGGCACUUAUGGACUCGGCCACCGACGGAACAUCCAAGGAAAUUGAAAUGAAACAGUUGAAAGCUUUGCUUAUGUUUGAUAAGGCUAUGAUUCUCGUUUAUAUACAUCAUUAUGAAAGAGCUGCAGAACAUUUUCUUAUGAUUUUAAAUCUUAAUUCUUGGUCCCAUGGUUUAUACACAUAUAUGGCCGCCUGCUGUUACUUGGAAUGCUAUCGUAUGUGUCGUCUUGGUAUUUAUCCAUUAAAAGAUGGUGAAUCUAAUGAAAAGAAACAAGAGGAGUUUAAAAAAUUGGCGGAAAAAUAUCUUUUGAAAGCCCCUAGUUAUCUUGAAGGGGCCAAAAAGGGAUUCUUCCAGAGUAAGCAAAUGCCAAUGGACCGUUAUUUCAUGCGGAAAGUUGCCGGUAUUAAAAAGAUGCACGCGAAUUAUCCUGAUUUGGAUCUCGUUGAUUGUGUGGGCACAUCUCUAGCCCACGAAUUAUGUUAUUUCUGGAAUGCUUUCAACCGUAUGGAUGCUGAAAACUUGGAACUCUCAUUGAAAUUAUUGGGUUAUAGUGCCGAUGUCGGAUCAGAGUAUUCAAUAAACACCGAAGAAACAAACUAUGCAAAAAUUAAGGAAACUGAGCAACAAUCCAUGUUACGUUACUUUUUACAAACUUUAACAUUACGUCGUCUAGGAAAAGUUGCAGAAGGUACUAUAAUCUUGGAUCAAUAUGUCAUAAAUGAUAAGAUUCUUAUAUUUGAAGUGACUGACAGUGCUGGAGGCGCUAGUUCUAUUAAAUCAAAAUCUCAAACUUUGAACAGUUCUAUUCCAUCUCGUUAUGUGAAACGUACUGAUGAUCCUUGGUUGUAUCCAACAGCAUUGUAUGAGAGAGCUAUUUUCUGUUGGAAAACAAAAGGUAUGGAAGGUAUCGAUGAGGUCAAGGAAUGGCUACAGAAGGCUCUUAAUUAUGCGGAUGAUUAUGAAUUGAGCGCUCGUACUGGGAUGCAUAUUAAGGCGGCCAUGGAUCGGUUGGAUGGAUACUAA